AUGCCGAAGAAAAGAGUCCAUUUCAAACAAUAUUCCAAACCGCAGUCAACUGCUCCAGCUUCAUUGAGCUCCACCGCUGCGGGCGCCGGCAGCCACAAUGGUGAAUCAGAAAGCCGCAGUGUCAAUCAGCGGCUCGCUGAACUGCGCCGUCUCAGUGUGAACAGUAAUAGUAAUGCUCAAGGCGCAUUAGAUGUUCGGCCGACGGUGCCACCAGUCAUCCGGGACAUUUUACAGCUACCCGAGACACCGGCGCCUAGGCCGCGUCCGGGCCGGGGCCGGGGUGGACCCCGUGUGGAUGCCACCGGUAGAAGGCUGCCUCCCGGUCCAGCCCCGCCACAGAGCUGGCUGAAUCGGCCGGCACACGGGAUACUUUCCACAGUGCCUCGUCAGUCCGGCUCGGACGGGCGUCGACUAGACAAAUACAUGCUGCCUGAGCUGUACCUUCCGGCAAAAGGUAGUCUGAUCGACUUGACUCUCCGGCAGUUUGCACACAGCUGGGAUUUCCAACGAGAAUAUUGUCGCUACUAUCUUUAUCAGCAUCUACCUACCCAUCUCCGCGAAGCACUUGUGGCGUACCUCAGCAUCUGGAAGGAUCCCGGCAACGUCACUCUAGCCGAUCUCAAGGCCAUCCUCCUCCCUCCACAAAAGCAAGAAGGCGACGACGACGUAGAUGAGGAUGCCGAGCAGCUAGAAGAAGAAGAAGAAGAAGAAGAAGACUACCUCGACCCCAGCAUCGCCAACAAAGACUUUCGCCACCUCGACCUCUCCCACUCCAUCGGCACCUCCCUCUCCCUCCGCGAACUAACCGACCUGCUCUUCCCUCCGAAACCCUCCACCACGAAACCCAUCACCGCCGCCACUCUCAAAACCGCCGAACCAAGAGACUCCUGGGAAGACUCUGCUGACGAAGAAGAUGAAUUCCAACCAGAACCCCCUUCCUCCUCCAUCCCCCGCCCCCUCCUCCCCAACCUCACGCACCUCUCCCUCUCUCUCCCUCCCAACCCUCUUUCCUCUUCCACAUUCACCUCCCCUUCCACCACUCCGGGUAACUACCCCUUACCCUCGUGGCGCCACCUCCUCUCCUUUGCCUCCCACCACCCCACCCUCACCCACCUCUCCCUCGCCAACUGGCCCGAACCCAGUCUCACCCCCAACGCCAAAUACGCAUCCUUCGUUACCGCCCAAGGGAGGAGGGUGCAAUACGGCGGUACGGGUCCCUACAGCCAUUCGCUCGAUAACGAUUGGUCGGAAGCGAUCCUGGUGCUAAGGAGAUUAAGUAGGGCGUGGUAUAGACUGGAGUGGUUAGAUCUACGAGGGUGUGGUGGGUGGUGGGAGGCCUUGUGGGCGAUUAGUAGGGGGCCGAUGGGGGAUAUGAUGCAUUUGGAUCAGAAUCAGGAUUUUAGAAGUGGUGGAGAGAGAGGGAGAGAGGAGGAGGUGGGAACAGAGGAAACAACGACGGGGGGAGGAGAAGAAGGGGGAGAAGGGGGAGAAGGGGGAGAAGAAGGGGAUAGAGUGGAUUGGAGGGUGGAUUGGGGGAAGGUGGAGACGGUGGUACUUGGUCUUGACGAGGCAGAACGAGGGAAGGUUUUGGGAGGGGAUGAGAAGAACGGGGUGGUGAUGGUGGAGAAGGGAAAGAAAUUGGAGAGACAUGUGAGAGGGUUGAGAAAGGGGAGGGGGAGGUGGUUUGCUGUUUGUUGAUGGGUCUGUCCUGUCCUGUUCGGAUCCUAACGAAAAUUGUUGUUGUUGACAACUGUGGUUGUUGGCUGGCCGAAUGGUCAGUACAGUAGACCUUGGGUAUACUGUAUCUGCAUUCAAGUAUAAAUAGUAUACGUUUGAAUCCAGUUACUAGGUGGUUCUUGGAUAAAAUAUUUCUAGGAACUCUAGC